GGGAGGGCGGGCAGUGGCUUGCCUUGACUGUCCACUGCGAGCGCGACCACCCGACCACCUGGGGCUCGAAGCAGCAGGCCGUGUCCAGGCUGAGCCGUUUUGCCUGCCUCCCAAGCCUCCGCGCCGCCACGCCGCCCGUGUGAGUGCUCCUUUCCAGAAUGUUGCUGCGGGGCAGCCAGGCGCUCCGGCGUUUCUCCACCAGCCGGGUUUAUUUCAAAAACAAGCUGAAGUUGGCCCUGAUUGGUCAGAGUCUCUUUGGACAAGAAGUCUACCGCCACCUCUGCAAAGAGGGCCAUCGCGUGGUGGGGGUGUUCACAGUUCCAGACAAGGACGGAAAGGCCGACCCCCUGGCUUUGGCUGCAGAGAAAAAUGGCACUCCUGUGUUCAAGUUCCCUCGAUGGAGAGUCAAGGGCAAGACCGUAAAGGAGGUGGCAGAGGCCUACCGAUCCGUGGGUGCCGAGCUCAACGUGCUUCCUUUCUGCACGCAGUUCAUCCCCAUGGAUGUCAUUGACCACCCAAAGCACGGCUCCAUCAUCUAUCACCCGUCCAUCCUCCCCAGGCACAGGGGGGCCUCCGCUAUCAACUGGACUCUGAUUAUGGGAGAUAAGAAAGCUGGGUUUUCUGUGUUCUGGGCUGAUGACGGUUUAGACACCGGACCCAUCCUCCUUCAGCGGUCGUGUGAUGUCGGCCCCAAUGACACAGUGGAUGCACUUUAUAAUCGAUUUCUUUUUCCCGAGGGAAUCAAGGCCGUGGUGGAAGCUGUUCAACUCAUAGCCGAUGGAAAAGCUCCUCGGAUUCCCCAGCCGGAAGAAGGGGCAACAUAUGAAGGUAUCCAGAAGAAGGAAAAUGCUGAGAUUUCUUGGGAUCAGUCUGCUGAAGUCUUACAUAACUGGAUCCGAGGCCAUGACAAAGUCCCUGGAGCUUGGACAGAGAUAAAUGGACAGAGGGUCACGUUCUACGGCUCAUCACUACUGCGUAGUGCCGUGCCGCCCGGAGAACCGCUGGAAAUUAAAGGUGCCAAGAAGCCUGGUGUUGUUACCAAAAACGGACUUGUUCUUUUUGGUAACGAUGGAAAAGCACUGAUGGUGAGAAAUCUGCAGUUUGAGGAUGGACGAAUGAUCCCUGCCUCUCAGUACUUUUCAGCGGGUGAGACAUCCGUGGUAGAACUCACAGCCGAAGAGGUGAAGGUGGCGGAGACCAUCAAGGUCAUCUGGGCUGGAAUCUUAAGCAACAUCCCUGUUAUUGAAGACUCAACAGACUUCUUUAAAUCUGGAGCGAGCUCAAUGGAUGUGGUCAGGCUGGUUGAAGAGAUCAGACAGAAAUGUGGUGGGCUGCAGUUACAGAACGAAGAUGUCUAUAUGGCCACCAAGUUUGCAGACUUCAUCCAGAAAGUCGUGAGGAAACUGAGAGGAGAAGAUCAGGAAGCAGAGCUGGUGGUGGACUACGUUUCAAAGGAGAUCAAUGAAAUGACAGUAAAAAUGCCCUAUCAGUGUUUCAUAAACGGACAGUUCACCGAUGCUGAGGAUGGAAAGACUUACGACACUAUCAACCCAACAGACGGCUCUACGAUAUGCAAAGUAUCCUAUGCUUCUUUGGCGGAUGUUGAUAAAGCAGUGGCAGCAGCCAAAGAUGCUUUUGAAAACGGUGAAUGGGGAAGAAUGAAUGCGCGAGAAAGAGGAAGACUGAUGUACAGGCUUGCAGACCUGCUGGAAGAGAACCAGGAAGAGCUGGCGACCAUCGAAGCCCUCGACUCGGGCGCCGUCUACACCUUGGCUCUGAAGACUCACAUCGGAAUGUCUGUGCAAACAUUCAGAUAUUUUGCUGGCUGGUGUGACAAAAUUCAGGGCUCUACAAUUCCCAUCAACCAGGCCCGUCCAAAUCGCAACCUGACCUUCACCAAGAAGGAACCACUUGGUGUCUGUGCCAUUAUCAUCCCCUGGAAUUACCCGCUGAUGAUGCUGGCGUGGAAGAGUGCCGCCUGUUUGGCAGCGGGCAAUACCUUAGUGCUCAAGCCAGCGCAGGUCACACCCUUGACUGCUUUGAAGUUUGCAGAGCUCUCUGUUAAAGCAGGUUUUCCAAAGGGGGUCAUCAACAUCAUCCCCGGCUCAGGUGGCGUGGCAGGACAACGCCUUUCCGGACACCCCGAUAUCCGCAAACUUGGUUUCACUGGCUCCACUCCUAUCGGCAAACAGAUCAUGAAGAGUUGUGCUGUGAGCAAUUUGAAGAAAGUUUCCCUUGAACUUGGUGGCAAAUCCCCGCUUAUCAUAUUCAAUGACUGUGAACUUGACAAAGCUGUGCGAAUGGGCAUGGGAGCCGUGUUCUUCAACAAAGGAGAGAACUGCAUCGCAGCAGGGCGGCUGUUUGUGGAAGAAUCCAUCCACGACGAAUUCGUGACCCGAGUGGUGGAAGAAAUUAAAAAGAUGAAAAUCGGCGAUCCGCUUGAUCGAUCUACUGAUCACGGGCCCCAGAACCACAAGGCCCACCUGGAGAAGCUCCUGCAGUACUGCGAGGCGGGCGUGAAGGAGGGCGCCGUCCUGGUGUACGGGGGGCGGCGAGUUCCGAGGCCAGGCUUUUUUAUGGAACCGACUGUCUUCACAGAUGUGGAAGACCACAUGUAUCUCGCCAAAGAGGAGUCCUUUGGGCCUAUUAUGGUCAUUUCUAAAUUCCCAAAUGGGGACAUCGAUGGAGUGCUGCGGCGAGCAAAUAACACCGAGUACGGUUUGGCCUCGGGGGUGUUCACAAGAGACAUAAAUAAAGCUAUGUACGUGAGUGAGAAGCUGGAGGCGGGGACCGUGUUCAUUAACACGUACAACAAGACGGACGUGGCAGCCCCGUUCGGCGGCGUGAAACAGUCCGGCUUCGGAAAGGACUUAGGUGAGGAAGCGCUAAAUGAAUACCUCAAAACCAAGACAGUGACCCUGGAAUAUUAGAGCAACACCUGGAUCAGGAAACCCUUGGCAGACAGCACAACACCCCAAUUCUCCACACCCGUGAGAAGCCUGGAUGUGCCGAAGAAGGAUGUCUCAGCCACCAGCCAAAAAUGACACACAGGGACCGUGGGGACAGGCCACAUAUCUAAGCACAUACACAUGUGCCUGAGCCAUGCACCCUCUGUACCUUAAAGUAACUUCCUCUUGUUGGUUUUUGUCCAUGUCGUACAUCGCACAUAUGUCUACAAUGCUGAGCCGGCUCCCCCCGUCCCAAAACUAAUCUAGCCACGGCUGUUCAUCUCAAAAACGUCGAUAUCAUGCAGUUAUAAUCUCAGAGUAUACUUUUUAGAAACUUGUGCAGGUUUUAACCUCUGAACCACACAUUUGGGUUAUUGAAAAGAUUUUCUAGAAUUUUGCCCUCAAGGAAUAGUAUUUGCUAUAAGGAAUGUGAAAGAAGUUCCUUUUUUCAUGCUUGGAAAUAAGAGAUAUCUUUGUGCCUUUGAUGUUCUGUUUUUCAGCCCACUGUGAGGGGUGACCAACCCAUGAACGGUUCUUGAAUACCUACUAGGUAUGAAGUAGCAUAUUUUCUCCUGAAAAGUGUACAAAAUUUAAUGACAUGAUCUCUGACCCCAAAGAGCUUACAUUCUAGUCAGAGCAACUGACUUCUAUUAUUCCUCACUUUAAAGUGAAAUGUUUGCAGUCUCGCUGGCCUUGAAGAAACCCAGGAAUAGCUGUCACUUUGAAGACUCGGCAGCUUACAAUCAGGGGACUGUAGGAAGUCAAUAAUCAAUAAGCAACAACAACAAAGUCGCAGACAGAAAAUACUCAAAAGGAAGGAUGCCAGGUGACCCCGGCAUGGUCGAAGAGAGCGAACUUUGGAAGCAUUCUUUGUUACAUCGCAGCUCAUGCACCGUCACAGCUUGGCACAGCCGCAGUUCUCAGUGGGAAUGAAAGUACGCUGGGUCCACAUUUGGAUAAAGUGACAAAGGCCUUCUUAUAAAGGGACCACUUUUAAAUGCGGUGUUUGAAUGGAUUUCAUGCGAUUUAAAAUAUCGCUUAACCAAAUAUUUUAAUGAUAGACGAAAUGGCAAACGAAAGCAUGCCCCUUCUUCCAGACUCGUCUCACCUUCUAAUGAGAUUCCUUCAUCUCAGUAGGAAUGUUUUUCAUCUCUGGGCCGUGAACCUCUUUGAGAAUCUGAUAACAAUGGAACCCCUCCGUUCCACUUCUACUCCCCAAAUUCACUGCGCGCGCACACACACGAUCCUGCAGACAGCUUCAUGAGAUUCUCGGACCUGCUGAAGCCCACGUUUGGGCCUCGGAUUAAAAACUCCUUUUUCCUCAGUAAUUUCUAAAGUUCUUACUAGCUGGAGUUUUGGAGUCGGACUGGAUGAGAAAAUCAAAGGCUCCGUGGAAUUCGUAAAAUUACCAUUGAAUUUCAUUCGGAACCUAAUGAUCCACAGCCUACUCGGUGAUUUAAUUAACACGCCGAGUAAUUUAAUUAUCACUGUUCCUUCAGAUCACAGAGUGUUGUGCUCGAGGAUAAAGCUGAGAUCUGCUCCUCCCUGAACUGGGGACGUGUGGACACGUCAGCAGUGUUGUUACACUCCUUUUAAUUCCCUCUCCCCUCACCUCCGCUACGGCUGCCCCCUGUGGCUUGAACACCCUCCCUGACCUUUCUACUCCCAACGUGGUCCAAGCGUCUCCCCUCUGUGCUCCCACUUGUCUGGAACAUAGUAGUUAUCACUUGGUGCUAAAGUCGUUUGCCUUCCUAACCAGACAGGAGCACCCCGUCCUCACUCCAGGACCGGCAUUCUGUCAAUAAGAAGAACAGCGAUCGUUUACUGGUGGCCUCCUGUGUGCUCGACCAAUGUGUAUAAAUGUUAUGUCAUUUGAUAUGCACGACAUCUGAAAAAAUGAAUAAACUGAGGUGCUCGUCUUA